AUGGUCCUGAUUGCUGAUGCUAAUCUGAACAACAACUUCAACAAAGUCGAAAAAAAUUUAAUGAUGAUGACUGCUCUGCCAUUCCAGCCAGCACCUGAGACUUCCCGUGACUUCGACCGAGCUUCGAAGGACAGUGUGGUGCAGGUGGGAGACAGCGCAGAUGUGAACUGCUUCGAGGAGAGAGAUGCAGAGUCCAAUCUGAUGGAUCCAGCGAGCAUCGAUCUUUGCAACUACGAUCUUAAGUUUUUAGACUUCGACAUUCUGAACGAUUUUUCGUCCGACGUGAUGGACGAGGCGGAGAUGACGAUCGCUGACCUCACGACGGCCAACGACGACAACUACCCCGCUGAAAAUUUCGAUUAUUCUGAUUUCCACCCACUGCCGGCUUGCGGCAGUUCACCGUUCGAUGAAACAUUUUCAUACGAUUUUUCCAGUCAGCAUAACUUAGCGGAACCACAACCUUGCCACUUACAACAACAGCAACAAUUACAUCAACAAGCGCACCUCCAACAACAACAUUUCCUCAAAAAAUAUUGUGACGCCAAUGCAGCGUCAUACUGCAGUCAGUACGAAAUGGAUGAGUCCUGGCACGACUGGGACAUCUUCAACUUGCCGUCCAGCACCUCCUCCAUAGCAUCAUCCAUGACAUCAUCCAACACAUCAUCCAACACAUACAUCAACGAAGUACAACACCAACAACAUUCCAGUUCUCUUUCGCCAUCUACAACAACAACAACAGCAAAUGUUUUACAACGAAUGAGGGCCUCUCCACGACAAUCGCCUAUAUAUCACCUCAGUAAUCUGCUCGCUAGCACUGACGUCCUCUGCAAAACUCUUGCAAUCUCAAAAAGUGCCUGUGAGCUUGCAAAGAAACAUUUGCUGGCAAAUCCCCAUAUUUGGUCAUGCUCCGAUGUGAAGACGUGGUGCACCUGGAUGUUCAACAAAUCAUCAUCAUCAUCAUCACCGACAUCGUCAUCAACGUCGUCUCCGUCAUCCAGUUUCACAAAUGAAAAACAAUGCAGAAUAAAAAGUAGAAAGCAAAGAAAUAUAGUCUCGAAGGAUGAAGCUGACAUCAAACCGGAAGUAACAAACGACAGCUAUGACGUCACGAAUAUUGAUGGGGCAACCUUGUGUGGUAUGGGCUGCAUGGAGAUGAAGGAAGUGUUUGGAGAGGAAGGAGAAGCCAUCUUCGUCGAACUUGAACUUUGGAAAAAUGCUCACUACUUGUCUCAAGAUGAGCAGUUCUGCAUCAGCCCUGCGAACAAAUCGCUAGACUUCUACAACUUCAACGUCGUCAACAGUGAGAAUGUUUGUGUCGGGGAAAAUCUCUACCUACCCGAUCUUUAUGACGCAAAAACAUCAACGACAUGCAGCACUGGUGCGAUCCCGACACGCGAGACUGGGAAUUUGAACACCAAGAAUGAAGGAAGAAACUCAGAGGAAACAUUUUACAACGAGCCACUGAACAUGAAACUUCCUCCAGAGCUCAAACAGCAACAACACCUUUCCAACAACAACGACCCCAUCCUUCCACAGUUCUCAUUCUUCGUAAACAACAACAACAGCAGCAGCAAUCUCAACAGUUAUAAUUUUCUCAACGGCAAUUACUACGGACUGCCAGCUAACUUCAACAAUUAUGUGACGUCAUUUGUCGACAUUCCACGUCGACCGAUGUCAUCGUUGUCGUCCUCUCCAGCUUCGUCGUCCCAUUCCGACGGUUACGAGGCUCUUUAUGGGUCUCAGGUCGAUCCGGCAGAACUGAACUACAAAGAUAGGAGCGGGCAACCAUCGCGACACGGCAACCAGCUGUGGCAGUUUCUGAAGGAGCUGCUGCAUCAACCACACUGCUACGAUAACUGCAUCAGAUGGAUCGAUAAACAGAAAGGCAUGCAGUCGGCGAUUAAAAAUAUCAAGCAAAUUGACGUUCAUAAAUGCUGCGUUGUUGGUGCUAUUGUAGAAUGCUGCAUUGUCUGCCUGGUACUUGCUCACAUGUUCGCAGUGCCCUAGUUAGAACAUCUCCGCGUUCAUAAUUAUUAAAUUUUACCUGACAUGCAAUAAAUAAUCGAAAGCAUUUAUCUUUUUGAAUUUGAAACUUGAACAUUUGUACCGUUAAUUGUUUACUAGUUUAUGCCAUUUUCUUUUGAUUUCAUUCCAGAAAAUAGCGCUUUAUUUUUCAAUUUUAAAGCCUUUACAAUAAAUUGCGCC